AGCGACUUAGAAUUCUUUCUCUUAAAACCCUUUUGCAAAGAAGCUAUAGAUCUUGGUUUCUUUUUCAUCUUCACCGUUUUGGAUCUAGGGUUAGAAGUUCCAACGAUUCCUAUUUUCCUCUUCCUCCCUCUUUCCUUCAUCUCUAUCCCAUCUUCCCCUUCUCUGCGCACCAACACCUGAUCCAGCCACAUAACCAGCUCUACCAACGCCUGUUCUCAUCGGUACCAAUGUUCGGUCGCCGCCGCUCGCAUCUGUUUCUUGUUGAUAUCCAGCUGUUUGUUCUUGAUUCCGGUGGCAUUCAGUCCGGGUCUGUUGUUAGCUGCUCGAGAACAAGGCUCCGGUCAUUUCUGCUCGACCUCUGCAACUCCGAUCUCCCUCUCUCUUUCGGCAAUCAUUCUGAAAACUCAGAAUUGCAUCUCUUAGUUCACGAUAAUGUCCAAGUCUUGUAAGGGUCUUGCCAUGGAGCUUCUCAAGUGCCUCAAUGAAUCUGAUUGUGUCAAGGUUCAGAAGCGAUCCUACAGGGAAUGUGCUAAAGAGAAAAGCCCCUUAAUAUCCAGCGAGUGUGUGGGACUCAGGGAGACUUAUUCCAACUGCAAGAGAGAGCAGGCACGUUUUCAUUCAUUCUCUCUUCUUUUUAUCUUUUCCUUUGUGUGUUUCUUGUAUUCAUCGGCCAUUUAUUUGUUUGAAUUUUUUUUGUUUGAUUUUGUUAUCGCAAAAUUGGUAGUCGCAAUUGCUUGCUUUCUAAUUUUCUCACUUUAAAAACAAGCUUGAAUUGUAUGUAUACCAUUAGCUAAUCAUUUAAAUCAAAUUAAUGAGUGAUACUAGCACUAUUUGCUUUUCUUUUUUGUAGCACUUGUGUAUGAAGCAAGCAUGAAAACUAAGGGAAAGCCAGAUACUUCUGACAAUGCUAUUGAAAAUGCUGGCUUUGAGAUUUAGGACUCAUGGAAUCAAAUGAUGUUUAAUUUCCUUCUCUCUUGACUUGCAGGUGGUAACUGGUAUUUUUUUCUUUGUUUCAGGGUAUAUUAUAUGCAAAUCUUUUUUUAUAGUAUUUUAACUCAAUUUUCGAUUAUCAUUAAAAAUUAUCAAUUUUUAAUCAAUUUCAACAAAUGUCCCAUAGCCUGCAGAGUGAGGUGGAGAUUGCUAGUGACUAGAAACAAAAGAAAAGUAGGAAUAUUGUGCACUAUAUGGAAAUUGGUCUUUAAUGCCUUUGACUUCUAUUAUGCACUAUCUUUACUUUGGCAUAACUUCUAUUCUAGCAAUAAAAAGCACACAACUAAACUUUGGACAUGUCAUAAUUUAGAGAAGUGGUGCCAGGUCAUAGAUCAGCUUCUUGGUAGUGAAGGUUAGUUGUUUCGCUAGUUGAACAUAUAUUUUCCUCCAUUAUUUUAGUUAUGAAUCAUACAUCUCAUUUCAUAUUAUUAAUUUUUUUUUUACCAUUAGAGUGAACCAGAAUUUGUUGCCUAGUGGAAUAUGAAUGUGUAUACUUGCUCAUGCAAGCAUAUUUUAACUGAAGGUAGUCUCUUGUGAAUGAUCCAUAAUUUCUGACAUUUGCUAUCAUGCGUCAUAAUUUUUCAAAUAACCAGGUAAAGGCCUUAGCAAUCAAAUUGACUCAAAAGGAAGGAGAGUUGAUUUAAGACAAGUUUGGAGUGAAAAAACUAGCUACAAGGCAAAUUUAUUCCAGUUCUUAGAGCUAAGUAGUGUUAUUUUUAUGUUUCAUAAUCUUUUGUUUCCAAAUGUCUUUAAUUCUAUUUGCUUUGUGAGUUUAUGCUAAUAGUUAUUGAAAAUUUUGCCAUUUGACAUUUAUGUGUGGUUUGUUUUCUUUCCUUAACUCUGUGCUGUUUGGCCCUGCAUCUUGUUAGUUUAAUUUUUUAUUUUGAAGAUUGUCUAAGUACUUUGUUCCAUGUUUUAUGUUAACUUUUGCAGGAGGUUGAGGGGCUAAUAGGAGGGUCAUCUGGGGGCCAGAAAAACUAAAUUUUAUUACAUUAGAGUAUCAGACAAGUAAGGUGAAUAAUCAUAAUUUACCAAGUUUUGCAUUGUUUGAGUUUUUUCAAGUAUUAAUAGCAGUUUUGCAUUUUUCAUUUCCAAGUGGAAGAAAUUUUAAGGGCAUCAAUUUGCAUUUGGAUUAAUGACUAUGACUCUCUUUUGGUACUUUUUGCUCAAAGACAGAAUUUUGUAUCACACUCAUUAUUACUUUGGGAGAGACUCUUGGAUAUAAGAUUAAACAUCUUUGAAAGUUUUAAUAUAUGUUAGUAUGAGAAAUUAUGGUUUGUAUUGUUAUUAUAUUAUUUUUCCCUAAUCAAGAUAUUGUAAUUUG